CUUCCAAAUUUGAAUACAAUAUAUUUGAAAAAGGAAUUGUUUAUUAUGGCCUUUAAUUGACUUAUUGUGCUUCAAGUAAUUUACUCCUUGUAUCUUUUUAUUUCUUUGCUUCUUGUUCAACUCCAACAAUGUCCUCUCUAAUUUUUCACCUUCUAUUCUUGCUACUGCCUUGCCUCUCAAAGUGUUGUGCAGAACUCUCAGGAAAUGAUACUGAUCAUUUGGCCCUGAUUUCCUUUAAAAAUGCAAUAAUAUCAGACCCACUCAACAUCACAGCUUCUUGGAAUGAAUCUAGCCAUUUCUGCAGCUGGAUUGGCAUAACUUGUGGCAACAAACACGGUCGAGUCAUUAGGAUUGUCUUGAACUCUAGCGAAUUGGUUGGUCCAUUGUCACCUGCAGUUGGUAAUCUUAGUUUCCUCAGGAUACUUUGGCUCAGCAAGAACAGUUUCACUGGCCAAAUCCCUGGAGAGAUAGGAAAGCUAUCAAGAUUACGCAUGUUGAACUUAGCAAACAAUUCUUUUUCUGGUGAAAUACCAAGAAACAUAUCGCGGUGCUCCAAUCUUAAUUAUAUUCAUUUGGGUAAUAACAAUCUGAGUGGAAGCAUUCCAACUGAAUUGAGAUCAUUGAAUAAACUCAAGAAUUUGCUUCUUCAGUUGAACAAAUUGACUGGAGAAGUUCCAGCUUAUCUAGGUAAUCAUUCUUCACUCUUGGCAAUUGCACUAGGAGAUAAUCAACUCCAUGGAAAGAUACCUGAUAUUUUUGGUGGACUCAAACAUUUGGUGUUUCUUGAUUUUGCCAUGAAUUAUCUGUCUGGUGAGAUUCCUAUGUCCAUUUUCAACUUGUCAUCAUUGCACACCCUUCAGUUAACUUUUAAUAAACUUGAAGAGGAUCUUCCAUCAGACGUGGGGUUCAAUCUUCCAAGCUUAAAGUUCUUUCUCCUUGUGGGAAAUCAACUGACAGGAAAGGUGCCUACUUCAAUACUAAAUUCCACAUUAAUUAUGGAAUUUGGUAUCGACGCCAAUAAUUUCACUGGACAAGUACCAGCCUUUGGAAAUCAAAAGGAUUUGUACUGGCUUGGAGUUGCUGAAAAUCAUUUUGGAAAUGGAAUGUUGGAUGAUUUGAAGUUUAUGUAUUCCCUACAAAAUUGUACAAGUUUAGAGCAGCUAAUACUGGAAAACAACAAUCUUGGAGGAGUACUGCCAAAAUAUAUAGGCAACAUGUCCAAUCUUUUGCGGCUUUCUGUAGGGGGGAAUCUCAUUCAUGGAAACAUUCCCACAGAGAUUUUACAACUUGACAAUCUGCAAGUACUUGGUCUCGAGAAAAAUAAUUUUACUGGUGUGAUUCCCGAGUCUAUUGGACAACUAAGGCAACUUAGUAAGUUACACCUUCACCACAACAAAUUUUCAGGGGAGAUUCCACAUUCUCUUGGAAAUUUGACGAGGUUGAUUGAACUCAAUUUGGGAUCAAACAACUUUCAAGGUACUGUACCAUCAAGUCUUGGAAGCUGCAAGUUCUUAUCGCUCUUGUAUCUGAAUGGAAAUCAACUUAGUGGUCCUAUACCGAAAGAACUGUUUGAGCUCUCCCUUAUAGAACUUGACCUCUCAAACAACCACUUGACGGGGUAUUUUCCUGUACGGAUUGGCUCUGGAAACUCGACUGGAUUGAUAAACUUGAUCUACAUGAACCAUUCAUACAACAAUAUAUCAGGUGAAAUACCAAGCAGCUUUGGCACUUUGACUAGUUUGACGGAACUAUACCUUGGUAACAAUGCCCUUCAGGGAAUUAUUCCUGCAUCCUUGAGUUCUUUGAGAAGUCUUGAAUAUAUGGAUCUUUCUCAUAACCACUUUAUAGGGAGGAUCCCAAAGUUUCUGGAUGAACUUGUCUCCUUGAAGUUCUUAAAUUUGUCUUAUAAUGAUUUGGAGGGUGAGGUACCUUUGAAAGGAGCUUUCAGAAACAUGAGUGCUGUUUCACUAGUUGGGAAUAGUGAGCUAUGUGGUGGUAUUCCAGAGUUCAAAAUGCCGAAGUGCAGCGACAAAGUAGCAUCAAGUAGAAGAAGAUUAUCUCAUAGAUUGAUAAUAGUAAUGCUGAUUAUUGGAGGAUUAUUGGCAGCAACAACAGUGGCCCUUCUUCUUUUCUGGUGUGCUAGGAGAAAAAAGAGGUCUACUUCAUCAGAGAGUUCAUCAUUGGAUGUGAUCCCAAGAGUAACUUACAAUAGUCUUCACAAAGAAACUAAUGGCUUCUCUACGUCGAACAUGAUUGGUUCGGGUGCAUUUAGUUUCGUGUACAGAGGCAUUCUAGAGGAAAAUGGAAAAUUUGUUGCCAUAAAGGUGCUCAAACUCCAAGUUAGGGGAGCUUCUAAGAGCUUUCUUACUGAGUGCGAAGCACUAAGGCAUAUCAAGCAUAGAAACCUGGUAAAACUCUUAACAUCAUGUUCAAGCAUUGAUAACCAAGGUAAUGACUUCAAGGCUCUCAUUUAUGAAUUCAUGGCCAAUGGUAAUUUGGCAAAUUGGUUGCACAAUAAAAAUACAGAAGGUGAAGAAAAUCAUGAGCCUAAAAAUUUGAACAUGCUACAGAGACUCAAUGUAAUAAUUGAUGUGGCUUCUGCAUUAGAUUAUCUUCAUCAUCAAUCUGGCACGCCAUUGACACAUUGUGAUAUCAAACCAAAUAAUGUGCUUUUGGAUGAAGAUUUUGUUGCUCAUUUAGGUGACUUUGGACUGGCGAGGUUUCUGCCUGAUGCUGCAAAUCUGCUCUCCUUGAGCCAAUCCAGCUCUCUCAAUAUAAGAGGAACCAUUGGAUAUGUUCCACCUGAAUAUGCUAAUGGUAAUACAUUUUCGACCUAUGGAGAUGUGUAUAGUUAUGGAAUUCUACUGUUGGAAACAUUUACCGGAAGAAGUCCAACUGAUGAGUUUUUCAAGGAUGGUCUAAACCUUCAUGAUUUUGUUAAGAGAGCCAUACCUGAGCAAGUGAAAGAUGUUUCUGAUCCUAAACUUGUCUAUGAUGAAACGGGCAGACUGAUCAGCAACAAUAAAACAAUUGAGUGCCUCGCGUUGAUUUUUCGAGUUGGGAUUGCUUGUUCAGUGGAAUCUGCAAAAGAUCGCAUGGACAUUGCUGAUGUUGUUAAUGAACUGACUCUAAUCAAAGAUGCCUUCCUGACGAACUAGCAAUAUUGACUGAAGUUUUUGAAUUUCAUAAUAAAGAUACUACUUAUAAGUUAUAUUCUCACUAUCCACUUUUCGCUUCCCUUUUCCUGC